AUGGUGUAUCGCCGCUGGAGCAGGGAAGAGGGCUGGCAGCUGGACGUUGUUUACUGGCGUGGAGGAGAGAGCAGCAGUGAGGAAGGUGAGGGAGAAGGUAUUGGCGCUGAGUGUCUUGUGUCUGGGUGCCCGCUGACUGGACACCCGGACACAAGACUCCAAAACCGGACUGUCCAGGGGAAAACCGGAUGGGUAGCAACCCUAGGAGGAGGCUCUCAGAUAUUUUUGAGAUGUUGCCAGGAAACAGGAUAUAAGCAUCUUAUAUUUGAGCAACCAACUCCAGUUUACUCAAACGUUAGGCAGCUCAUGGAGAUAAUGGCUCCAACACUCUACCUUAUGAUCCUGAUGACACCUUGUCUGGUAACAACAGAUUUGGCUCUGAGGCUAAUAAAUGGAGGAAGAAGAUGUGCUGGUCGGGUAGAAAUCUUAUUUAAUGAUCAUUGGGGAACAGUGUGCGAUGAUAUGUGGGAUAUGACCGAUGCAGAAGUUGUGUGCCGCCAAAUGGGUUGCGGCAAACCAAUUUCAGUAAACCUAAAUGCAUAUUAUGGACAAGGAAAAGGAAACAUUUUACUAGAUGAUCUGAAUUGUCGGGGAAAUGAAACUCAUCUGUGGUCCUGCCCCCACCGAGGACUGGGCACUAGUAACUGUGGUCACGCUGAGGAUGCUGGAGCCACCUGUUCAGACAUGCCACUUUCUCUUAGGCUGGUAAAUGGAGGGGAUCGAUGUGCUGGUCGAGUGGAAAUCUUCUACAAGGGGGAAUGGGGGACGGUGUGUGACGAUUUUUGGGACAAGAGUGAUGCACAGGUUGUAUGCAGACAGCUGGGCUGUGGCUGGGCUGUUUCAUCUCCUGGGAGUGCAAGUUAUGGACAAGGGCAAGGACCAAUCAUACUAGAUAAUGUGAACUGCAGCAGUAAUGAAGACUUUUUGUGGAAUUGCCCCCAUCAAGGGCUUAAAAGUCACAAUUGUCGUCAUAGAGAGGAUGCUGGAGUACUUUGUUCAGCUGGAGCCGGACAGUGCCCGCUCCCCAACAGCCCCCAUAUCAUAAUUGGGCCGGACAGAGCCCCCAGCGUGGCCGCAUACCACCUCUCAACGUCACCGCCAACCCUGCAUCCCACCUUCCUAGUGACGGCCAUCUCUCCUAAGAUCCCUCAGGAAAUCAUUACUGAACUGCAGCCACAUUCCCGAUCUCCUGCUCCGGGUGGCAGCAGAGAUAUGGCUCUGAGGUUGGCCAAUGGCAUAAACCGAUGUGUUGGACGUGUGGAAAUCUUCUAUGACAGAGAAUGGGGAACAGUGUGUGAUGAUUCUUGGGAUCUAACAGAUGCUCAGGUUGUAUGCCAGCAGCUAGGUUGUGGCAGAGCUAUUUCAUUUCAUGGCAGUGCUUAUUUUGGCCAAGGAACAGGACCCAUUAUUCUGGAUGAUGUGAAUUGCAGAGGUGAUGAAAAUGUGUUAUGGGACUGCCCUCACCGAGGGCUGAAACAGCACAACUGUAACCAUAAUGAGGAUGCUGGAGUCAACUGUUCAGGUUCAGCAUAUCCUACAGGCAAGUACAAUUUUUACUUAGGCUACCUGAAGAUACUUAUGAUCCAUGCAGUUAUCCAGUGUGAAACGUUGCUUCUGCGCAGUAGCUUCCUGUAUUAA